UUCUCUUCUCUUCCAUUCUUAUUUUCUCUUCUCUUCUCUUCCAUCCUUAUUUUCUCUUCUCUUCUAUUCCAUUCUUAUUGUUAUAACUUCCUUUUUUAUUCAAAUCAUCCUGAUCUCUAAUGGGUCACAAACGUACCAACCAGUUUGAUGAAGAUUCAUCAGUAAAAAAGCCUUUGUUAACAAUAUCCAAUGCAGUAGAAGCCAAACAAGCUCUCGUGGACGAGAUAAAACGAUACAUCACCUCUGAAGUCACGCGUCGUUCCAAUUACACCGAAGUGAAAUCUGACCUACUCAACAAAAAACGUCUGCCAAGAGGCUUGUUACAAAACAUCGACGACAGUUGUAGGAAACCGACUGGAACAUUCUCUGGCAAGUUUCAUCGUACAAUUUCCUUCCUGGACACAUGGAAAGAGACAGUGGAACAAUCAUUUGAAAGUAUUAUAUCUAAUGUUACAUCGUCCAAAUCAUCAUCUUCACAACAACCAUCAUCAUCUACACAACAACCGUCAUCAUCUACACAACCAUCAUCAUCUACUCAACCAUCAUCAUCAUCUACUCAACCAUCAUCAUCAUCUACACAACAACCAUCAUCAUCUACACAACAACCGUCAUCAUCUACACAGAAAACAAAGGAAGAGAUACGUUCACUCCACAAAUCGUUUCUCACGCUCGUCAAGCAGAACAUCAAAGAUUCAAAGGGCAUGCUGGAAAAUAUUUUGAAGACAGUAGAAUAUGCAAGAAUUGCUGUAACAAUGUGCUCUGAAGAUAUGGCGGCGCUUUUGCAGGCAACAAUUCUGAAGUAUGCCACAGUAUCCUUUGGCAAUGAUAAUCCUGAUCAUAUCAAAUCUUCGGAUCUUGUACCAGAACAUGCUCAUAGAAAUGGAACUAUACUGAACAACGGCAACUUCAAUACUCUCCCUCCUCCAAGAAACAAGGAAAUGCCAAGUGAUCUAUUUGGCUUACAACAUUUACAAUAUUUGUAUUCUUCGCAUUUUGGCCAUACUCUCGCAUCAACAAAAGAAAAACAUCCGGUUUGGGUAGAUUUGGAUAUUGAAUGGCAUCACCCUGCUCCUGAUGCACUUGUCACUAAUCUUCGAGCUAUAUACAACAACAAAUUGGAAACGUCUAUGAAGAACAUUUGGGAUGGACAAUCAUAUUUCAAGAUGCUUCGAUAUCUCGUUCGCUUGCUGUUAAGACUUUGGUUGGCACCUACAAGAGAGCAAAGACACCAGGAUAUGAAGAAAAAGGCUGUAGCUUUGAAAUCAUCGAAUGUCAAGCAGGCCAAAGAAGACCCAUUGAAGGACGCGAAAGGACGCUGGAACCAUACUCGAAAUGCUAUGCGUCGACAAGAGUGGAAGUUGAAGAAGAUGGGCGACCAAUUAACCGAUGAACAACGUUGUGCUUAUGAAAAUCGAAUCACAUAUUUACGAGGCGAUGCGCUGAAGGCUGAUCGUAUCAAAUUGGAACAAGAAAAAAUAAAAAAGGACACCACCGAUGAAGAUCAGAAAAAGCAAGAUGAUGACAACUUGGAAUUGAAUGAUGAUUUAGAUGUCCUUGCCGUACAUGAUGAUCUUGAUACUACUGGAUAUGAAUUGGACGACUUGCAGCUACCAUCAAUCAAUAAUGACGUCUCUGCUCGCAGAAUUGGAUCUUUGGGAGGCAUCCUUGUACAUAUGCUCUUAUCAGAAAAAGCAAGCACUCUUGAUGCAACACUGUUGAAAGACCAUGCCAAGAGAUUGGAUUUAUUAGACAAGGAAAUUCGUGCCAGGCAAACCGUCUACCGUUAUCUCAAGCUUUUCAUUGUUGGUGAUGACAAGCCAAAGUAUUUUAGACUGAACAUGAUCAUCUUUGGCAACGAGGUGUUGCGUCUUUGUGGCUACCAACAAUUUUGCAUGCGCUAUUCUCCAAUCGUAUCACAGGCGUCUAUUUACUCUUUGUCUCUUGAUGCACCAUCUUUAUAUGAACUUUUUGGAAAAACACUUGACAUGGCCAAGAAAGGAAUCACAAGCAUUGCGUUGUCACGUCACAAAAAACGAGAUGUCUUUGAUUGUCUGUUUGAUUUGAACGUCGUGGACUCCAUUUGCAAGAAGAAUGGCCUCGAAUUUGUGUAUCGCAUGGAUAUUACCCCUGCUAACGACACCUCCUUGAUUGGGAUUACAAAGAAACCACGACAACAAUCAUUAUAUCAACAACGGCUCAAGUUUUCCGAGGAUAUUAUAUCGAACGAAUUCCAGACGGUCCAUACUCUCGAUACGAUCACCAAUAAUAUCAACAAGUUGGAAAAGGACCAAGUGAAUGCUGCGAAACUGAAGCGAUCUUUUACCAAGCAGCUAGAUGAUCAUCGCAAGGUGAUGCGGGAGGAAAAAGCGCAGGCGAAAGAAACCGAGAAUAUCGACAAUGUUUUUACUAGCAAGCUUUUCGAAGAUGUAGGCAAAGAAAAGGAAUUGAAACGACAGAAACAGGCGGCCACUCAAGCAGUGCAUAGAAUUCAAGAUGAAUUGGCAGUGAAUCGGAAAAUACGCUAUCAGUUGGAAAAGAAUCGUAGAAAGCAACGGCCAAAGACGAAAAAAACAUCUCCUCCUCCACCUUCAAAAAUUACGCCAACAUCAAGAAUGGAAGAAAGCCCGAAACAUGUGACAUUGGAUUUCGAUAUCAAAAACUGCAUCAUUACAGGGACAGACUAUGGUGUAGCUACUUUAGCAACUACUGUAGGACAUACGGUGGAGCAAUUGGAUUCCAUACAAAACGGCAAAUUUGUCAAGCUACAAAGACCAACCACCAUGACGGCAAAGGACAUUGAAUGGAAAACUGGACGAUAUCACUUCCGGAAAAAGCUUGAACGGAAAAAAAAGAGCACAGACGCUGGUAAAGAAGCUACAAUUGCGGAGAAAAUAGUGGGUGAAAAUACGAUGUACAAGGCAAAAGAUGCUGUCGAUUUGAUUCAAAGAUAUGACAAAAUACGUGAUCAAGGCUCAAUUCUGCGAAAAUUUUACGGUUCAAAGUGGAUCAGACGCCAACAACGAUUAAUGCAGUGGAGAAAGAAGUACACGUUAAAGGAGAUGAUCAAACGAGAACGACAAACGUUAGCAGGCAAGAAUAUUUUAAUUCGAGCUAUUGGAGACGCCGGGACUGGGGUAGGAUCGCGCAUCAAAGGUCAUCUCAAGUAUGGUGGCAAAUGGCAUAGACGUCUUUGUAGUCAGCACGGUGUUGUCCUUGUUACGAAUGAACAUCGUACUUCAAUGAUCUGUCCUUUCUGUUAUGGUAGAAUAGUUCACCCGAGAAAGAAGAAAAAUGGCAAGAUUUUAACAAAUAAUGGCACAUCAAAUUGUAUGAACCCAAAUUGUGAAUCUUAUAAACAAUGUAAAAACUCUUUUGGACGAGACACUCUAUCAUCAACAUGCAUUGCUCUCCGGUGCUACGGUCAAAUCAUUGGACAAGAUUUUUUGUGAUUGGUUUUUCUUUUUACAAUAUACUGAACAAAGUCCACGCCAUGUGGUGUGAGGCGGCGGCUCCGUUAUUACGACGUCUGACAACAGCUUCGGC